UAUUAUUUAUUAAGGGCAAUUCACCACCUUUUCUUCAGCAAUCACCAAUUUUAAGAUGGACAGACCUACAUUCGGAGUCUAGAUCAGGGACAGUUGAGAGGUCUGCCACAAAGAUGUACGCUUUCACAAAAAUGAACCGCAGUAAGCAAAGGAGUACUAUCACAGCCGCCAUAUUGACUCUUUAGUACUCUGUUUCUCUGGCGACAACCUCUAACCUUUGAACCAAAAGUAGCAACUUCAACCUGGUAUUCCCGCCAGGAGUGAUAGUAUACUUGAUCAUAUGCAAAAAUUAAGUGGUUUAGGAACGACUUGCUAUAAUCGGUUCUGUAUGGUGUGUUUUGCAUUGUGGAACAAUAUAUCAUGGACGAGUUGUAUCUUGAAAAUAUUGACGAAUUUGUAAACGAUCAGGACAGAAUUGUAACCUACAAAUGGCUAAGCCAUACACUGGGUGUGCAUGUAAACCAAGCAAAACAAAUGUUAUAUGAUUAUGUUGAGAAAAAACGAAAGGAAAAUUCUGCAUCUCAGCUCCAUGUUACAUAUUUGGUGUCUGGAAAACUUAUACAGAAUGGCGCUCCAUGCCACAAGGUCGCAGUAGUAAAAGAAGAUCAGUUAGAAGCUUUAAAGGGAAGUCUGGCUCUGACUGUGAGUGUUCACAUUUAUAGCGUACAGAAAACUUCCUUGAAAGAUAGUGGACCACUCUAUAUUGCAGAUUAUGACGCUGUGAAAAGCAACCUUUCAAACUGCAGCAAAUUCAGUGCUAUUCGAUGUUGUAAAGCUGUCCCUAGAACCUUGGAUGAAGUCUCACAAUUGAAGAAGCAGACAAAGACUACUGCAAAGACUGCAAAUGAAGCAAGUGCUGCAUGCGCAGCCACAGUUAAUGGAUAUACUCCACCAUCUACUAAGCAGGUGACACAGCAGCCAAAAGGAAUUUUGGCAAUGUUUGCUGCCAAGACUUCCCCUAAAACACAGGAACAGAACAAAGAUGUCAAAGCUGAGACCAAAGAAGAUGCUGUAGCCGUAUCUACUGUGAGCAGUAGCAAGCCAGUAAGCAAAAGCAACGCAAUGAGCAACUUUUUUGGGAAAGCUGCAAAAAGUAAGUCUAAAGCUGCUGUACUGCCCACAGAUGAACCCUUAAAAGAAGGUAAUGUAGAAGUUCACCUUGUUGCUUCUAAACCUGCCGUCUCCACAGAAGGUGAAAAAGAAAAAAAAUCCCUUGUUGAAGACGCAACUAAAACCACAAAGAAUUUAGAGACUGAUAAGCAAAAAACAGAUGAUAGAAGUUCCAAGACAAAGAGGAGAGAGGCAUUGGAUAGCGAAGAAGAGAUAGAUGACAAGCAAAGAAAGAAGAGAAGGAGAAUAAAGAAACCCCAGUCUGACAGCAGUGAAGAUGAAGCCAUCCCUGAUUCCCCUCCUGUCUCUCCUAAUAUCAGAGAUGUAAAAGCUCCUUCUGCAUCACCGGAAAAGCCUGUUAAAGAAGAGACCAGACCAGUUACUCCACCGGCAGAGCAUAUUCACGUGACAGCUGGUGUAAAGAGAAGAAAACGAAGGCGAGUUCUGAAAUCAAAAACAUUCGUAGAUGAUGAGGGUUGCAUAGUAACAGAAAAAGUGUAUGAGAGUGAGUCUUACUCAGAGGAUGAGGAUCCAUUUGUAGUUUCCAAGCAGCUGCCUAAACAAGGAGUUGCACAGAAGGCACCCCCAGCACCCACAAAGAAGGAAGCAAAGGAAACAUCAAAGAAAGGAGCAGCUACUGGAAAAGGUGUCAAACAGGCAUCUAUCAUGGGUUUCUUCCAGAAAAAAUAGCCUAGAAACAGAAGUGUUUAAGCUGAAGCUUGAACUGAAACUGUUAUGAUUCAGCGGUUUUCAUAAGUACAGAUUUAAUAUGUGUAAACUAAAAAAAAAUGCAUUCGCAAAGUAGAAUUACCUACUAUGUAAGUAAUUUGAGGACUCUACGAGUGUGUCUUGCACUCAUUUUUUUGGGGACAUUUUACAUGUAUUAGCCUAUAUUACAACAUCUCUGCAAUUCAUGUGGUAGACAAGUGGUGAAAGCAUAAUGCCAGAAGCAUGUUGAAUGUUCCAAGUGUUUUAAAACUAUAUGAAAAUGUGUGUAUAUGUGUGAUAUAUGUAUGCACAUGCCAGCACGCAGACACAUCCAUGUAAAUAGUAACAUACAGUGUAGUUAUAAUUGAGUGGAUGCAUUUUGUGCAGUCACCCAAGAAAUAGUUACAGUAUAAUUGUGUUGCCUAUAACGUUUUAUCUUGCUUAUUGAAUUGUCAAAUGUAAUUAAAUCAUUUGUUAAUUAAAAUGGUCUGUAUCUGUGGAUACAGACUGGUCAUUUCUAAA